CGCCAUUUGUAAAUUUUACAUGUGCGAAUAUGAAAUAGAUUUCUGAAUGUUUCAAAUGUAGAAUGCGCAAUAAAAUCGAGAUUGUAGAAUGAUGGAUACUGUUCAGACUUUCUCAGAUGAUCAUUCACUGAUGUCUUGACAUUUUGAUGCAACAGUACUAACAAGAGUUACAGCCCUUAAUGUACAAAGAAUGGAACAUUCACUCAGCCUUGAACUCCAGAUUUUUGCCUGCAGGUUAUAGUAAAGGAUUAAAGACUAGCUUUAGUCUUCUCUAAAUUCUGAAGCUGCUGAUGGUACAGAUAGAAUAAACUUAAAGAAAAACAAGAUGAACAGAAAAAAGACGAACCCUUCUGAAAUUAUAAUCAGAGUAAAAAGAAGGUAUGUCCGGGCCAAGAAAGAAAUACUAGUCGAAAAAAGCAGGUACUUUCAAGCAUUAUUUAGUGGGAACUUUUCUGAUUCAGCUGCUACGGAGAUAAAUUUAACAAAGGAUGUUGAACUUGAUGAUAUGGACAUAUUUAAAGCCGUUAUAGAAUUCAUGGCUACUGGCUAUAUCUUCUUAAAUGAUAAAAAUAUCAAGAAAGUUCUUCAUUUCGCAACAUAUUUAAUGAUUGACAAGUUACAAGAAAAAUGUGCCAAUUAUCUUAAGAACAAUUUGGUAUGUGAAAACUGGUUGAAAUACCAUAUCUAUGCCACAGACAAUGCUCUUACUGAGGUACAGCAGUAUACAGAUGCAUAUGUAUCAUCUAGAUUCGGUGAUUUACUUAUAUUUGAAGAUGAAACAUUGCAACUGGAGCCGGAUCAGCUGGAAUAUUUCUGGGAAAAUGGGUAUAUGAAGUUCUGUAGCUUGAAUAGUUUAAAGCUGUUCAUCGCCAAAUGGCUAGGGAGAUCCGAAUAUCCAGAUGAAAGGAAGUUGGCAAUGGCUCUGACAGUACUGGAAAAUGUACCGGAAGAUAAGGUUCAGAGUAAAGAUGGCCAAUUAGAAAAGGAUCUAAGUGAAAGUGUACAGAAAUUGGAUUAUUUAAUGAAAGUUAAGAGCAAAAGUGAAAAGGCAGAACGUGUUAUGGAAAUAUUGAGACAAAACUUUAAUGUAACAGACUGCAGAGCUAACGACUCUCAGAGAUGCAUAACUGAUGUAUUGAAGACAGUCACAGCAAUAUUUACCGUUUCUGAAAGGAGUUCAUUACGGAGAAGAAAAUGUGAGCAAGAUAUUGUCGCAAAUGAAGAUGAUUUGGAUGAUGACUUUGACCUGGAUAGCAUGUCUGACACUGAUGAUCUUGAAUUCAUUGCAGAGGAGGAUAUUACAGCAAGACGCAGAUAUGAUCUAUGCGUUUAUAACAAACAAACAGACCGAUGGUAUCAUAUUGAUGACUUCAAUGAGAGAGAGUAUAUGCGUCAGUAUACAAGGUAUCCUUACGAUUUUACAAAACAGUUUUGUGAUGAAAUGUUGUUUGAGAUUACAGCAUGUGACAGUCAUGUGAUAUUUGUUGAUAAAAAUGAGUUGUUGGAAGCAUUAGUAUACAACAUUAAAAACAAAACAUGGCGUAAUUUUGAUUGUCAAUAUUACCUGCUAGAGCAAGUCCUAGAUGAGGAUGAGGACAUUCGUACCAUGAGAUUUAUCACAGGAAGAAAUAACAUGGUGUAUCUAGUUGUAUGUGUCAAGAUGGAAGCAGAAGAACAUGCAAGAAGACGUGAUAGGGAUACUGUAGAUAUGAUUGACAUAAGGGUUUUUCAGUUUGAUUUAGAAUCUCUGACAUUCUCUGAAGUAUGCGAGACAUUCCCUGCUAUCAACGUGCCAGAAUGUAAAGAAUGGAACAGAAUGCUCAGGCAUACAGAAUGCCAUCUUAGUGAAAGCAGGAAAGAAAUAAUUAUCACUCACUAUGAGGGAAGUGGCUUGAAUGUUGUUUUCUUGGUGAAUCUUGCUGCUGAAGAAGACGAAAAUGGUAAGCUGAUGAAGUAUGAGUUCUUCAACAGGCCAGAUUAUACUAAUCCUGAUCCUAGAGAAAUUUUAAAGAAAGAGUCUGAUAAAGAUAACCUCAUUUUUGAGAAAGUUGAUGUGCUUGAAACAGAAGAUAAGUAUCUGAUUUUAGAGCAUGAUUAUGACGAUUGUUUGUCUUUGAAAUUUACAUAUUCCUUCGAAACAGGAACCUUCACCAAGGUAGAGAAUAGUGAAAAAUAUGUACCUCAUGAGAAAGAAAGUAGACAUGUUAGAGCCGAAAGGGUGUGGGACUCAAAGGCGUACUUGUGUGAAGGGUGUUCUUACUGGCAGGUAGAGCAGAAACUAAAAUUUGGGAAUAUUUUCCAAGAGGUCCGUUACAAUAACGACGGGAAGCCAGAAAUUAUCCAGCACAGACCUCCACCAUUCACGACAGUGAUAUCUGCCUCCUCUGCCAUUGUUGAUGAAACCUUUUUUCAGGACUUGGAUCCUGUAAACCGAUUUUUGUGUAUGUCAAAGUAAGUGAACAUUUUUCAUUAAUGCUGAAAGUGCAUAGUGAAUGAACAUUUAUCUCUAAGGAGUACCUGGGAAUUGUUUUCAGAAAUUGAAAGACGGUAAAACAUUUGAAGUCUGUACAAAUUGGUCCGAUGAGAAGAAUUAUCUUGAAAUUUGAAAUUUUUCUAUGUAGUUGUGAAUGAUUUUGAAGACUUGUUACAGUGAAAUCAGAAUUGACAUUUUUGAACAUGUGAAGUACAAGUGUAGUUCUUAUUUGACCUGGUGUUUAAGUGAGCCUUUAUCGGGCAGGACUUUGGAAACUUGAAAUCUGUGAAGUACUGUAUAUACAUGGAAUAAUUGUACUUAUUUAUGGUCUCUAAAACUAGGAGGUUUGGAAUCCAAAAGUAGUUUCUUGUAACAUGUUGUACCUCUUUAUGAUCUUUUUAAGGACUUUGACAAUUUCAGUUGAACAAUUGUCUAAAACUGUAAAACAUGUCGAAUUUAUACUUUUAUCUAUGAUGAAGACAUGCAAAGUCCUUUCCUGUGUGAACUCGAGGUGAUUUAACAGUAUUCAAGGACUUCAGCCAGUGAGGGGAUUUUGAUGUAAAUUUUAAAAAAUAAACCUUUUCUUGAAAGUGUACCAUUUUAGCUAGACUAUUUGAAGAACAAGGAGAGCUGUCCUACUCACCACAACGUCGGCAUUGAUUUCACACCUUGGUUAAGUUUUUCGUACCAGUCCACCUUUGAAACUUUCAACAAUUAUGUACCAUCACCAUAUCCAGUUUUAGGCAAGAGUACAUAACUAAAUCAAGGAUUUUGUCAGAAUAAUGGCCCCUUUUAGCUUACAAAUCUUGGUAAAGGUUUUCUUAUCAGUUCAUAUUUUCUGUAAACUGUUUGGCAAAUAUUAUGGCUUUGAAACUUUUAUCAGUUGUUUUUAUUGUAACAGCCUCUAUUAUUAGGCAAGAGUACAUAGCUCUCUCAAGUACAUUUAGUGCUAUUGCACUCGCCCCAGCAUUGCCGUCACAGUUGGUUAAAGUUUUUGAUAAAGUCAAAUAUCUCUGUUACUAUCAAAGCUUUUGACUUGAAACUUAAAAUAGUUAUUUACUGUUAAAGUCUACACCAAGAGUAACAAUUUCCAUAACUCUUGUUUGAAUUUUGGCAGAGUUAUGCCCCUUUUUAACUUAGAAUUUUUGGUUAAAAUUUUUGAUGAAGUCAGAUAUCUCUGUUACUAUCAAAGCUUUUGAUUUUAAACUUAAAAUACGAGGGUUCAACGCAAUAAGGGCGUAUCUACAUAUAAUUAUUAUAUGUAGAUACGCCCGUAUUGCGUUGAACCCUUGAAUAGUUAUUUACUAUUAAAGUCUAGUCAGGAUCGAUGCUGUUUGCUAACGGUUUCUUUAAUUGCAAUAGGCUUUGAAAGUGAACAGCAUGGAUUUUGACCAGACUGAGCGGAUGCGCAGGCUGGUCUGGAUCCAUGCUGGUCGCAAAUGCACUAUGUUGGUUUUCUCAUGGUGCGGCUCAAAUGUUUGAUAUAGUAAACAUUUUACUACAGCCAGCUAGAUUUUGUUAGCCUAGGAAGGUGAUGAUAAUUUAUGUUUUGUCCAUAAAACAUACCCAACAUUGCUACAUUAAACUCGCUUUUUAGCUAACCUGAGCAAUGCUCAGAUGAAUUUUUGUGAUCGCUCAAUGUCUGUCGUCUGUCUGUCUGUCAACAUUUAGCUUGUGUAUGCGAUAGAGGCUGUAUUUUUAUGCCCCCCUUUGAAAAAUGAGGGGUAUAUUGUUUUGCAGAUGUCGGUCGGUCGGUCUGUCGGUCGGUCGGUCGGAAUGUAGACCUAUCCGUUUCCGGAUGAUAACUCAAGAAUGCUUGGGCCUAGGAUCAUGAAAGUUGAUAGGGAGGUUGGUCAUCACCAGUAGAUGACCCCUAUUGAUUUUGAGGUCUGUAUGUCAAAGGUCAAGGUCACAGUGACCCUGAAUAGUAAAACGGUUUCCGGAUGAUAACUCAAGAACACUUGGGCCUAGGAUCAUGAAAGUUGAUAGGGAGGUUUGUCAUGACCAGCAGAUGACCCCUAUUGAUUUUGAGGUCAGUAUGUUAAAGGUCAAGGUCACAGUGACCCUGAACAGUAAAACAGUUUCCGGAUGAUAACUCAAGAACGCUUAGGCCUAGGAUCACGAAAGUUGAUAGGGAGGUUGGUCAUGACCAGCAGGUGACCCCUAUUGAUUUUGAGGUCAGUAUGUCAAAGGUCAAGGUCACAGUGACCAGGAACAGUAAAAUGGUUUCCAGGCAAUAACUCAAGAACGCUUGGGCCUAGUGUCAGGAAAAUUGAUAGUUAGGUUGGCCAUGACCAGCAGAUGACCCCUAUUGAUUUUGAGGUCAGUAUGUUAAAGGUCAAGGUCACAGUGACCCUGAACAGUAAAACAGUUUCCGGAUGAUAACUCAAGAACGCUUAGGCCUAGGAUCAUGAAAGUUGAUAGGGAGGUUGGUCAUGACCAGCAGGUGACCCCUAUUGAUUUUGAGGUCAUUAGGUCAAAGGUCAAGGUCACAUUGGCCAGGAACAGUUAAAUGGUUUCUGAUCUUCUUGUCCAAAACCAUAGGGCCUAGGGCUUUGAUAUUUGGUAUGUAGCAAAAUCUAGUGGUCCUCUACCAGGAUUGUUCAGAUUAUUUCCCUAGGGUCAAAUAUGGCCCCACCCCUAGGGUCACAUGGUUUAUGUAGCCUUAUAUAGGAAAAAACUUUGAAAAACCUCUUGUCCAAAACCACAGGGCCUUGGGCUUUGAUAUUUUGUAUAUGACAUCAUCUAGUGAUCCUCUACUAAGAUUAUUCAAAUUAUUCCCCAAGGGUCAAAUAUGGCUCCGCCCUGUGGGUCACAUGGUUUACAUAUACUUAUUUACAGUGUGCAUAUAAUUUCUGUUCCUUGUGCAAUUACUAAAUGCAUCAAGGGGGGGGCAUUUCGUGUUCGACGAGCUCUUGUUCAACUGACCUUCAUGAAAUUUUGUCAGAAUGAUAACUUUUAUAAAAUCUAGGCCAAGUUUGAAAAUGGGUCAUCUGGGGUCAAAAACUAGGUCACUAGGUCAAAUCAAAGAAAAACCUUGUGUAUGCGAUAGAGGCUGUAUUUUUUCAGUUGAUCUUCAUGUAUAUUGGUCAGAAUGAUAACCUUGAUGAAAUCUAGGCCAAGUUUGAAAAUGGGUCAUCUGGGGUCAAAAACUGGGUCACUAGGUCAAAUCAAAGAAAUACCUUGUGUAUGCGAUAGAGGCUGUAUUUUUCAACUGAUCUUCAUAAAAUUUUGUCAGAAUGAUAACCUUUAUGAAAUCUAGGCCAGGAUCGAAUAUGGGUGAUCUGGGGUCAGAAAGUAGGUCACUAGGUCAAAUCAAAGAAAAACCUUGUGAAUGCGAUAGAGGCUGUAUUUUUCAAUUGAUUUUCAUAAAAUUAUGUCAGAAUGAUAGCCUUGAUGAAGUCUAGAUCGAGUUUGAAUAUGGGUUAUCUGAAAUCAAAAACUAGGUCACAAGGUCAAAUCAAAGAAAAACCUUGUGUAUGCGAUAGAGGCUGUAUUUUUCAAUUGGUCUUCAUGAAAUUUGAUCAGAAUGAUAGCCUUGAUAAAAUCUAGGUCAAGGUUGAAUAUGGGUCAUAUGGGGUCAAAAACUAGGUAAAUAUGACGGGGGUAAUUGAGAUGUUGGAAUUAUAUACCAGUCAGUGGCAGUUUUUAAUGAUAACACCUCUGUUGGCACAUAGGUUUUCAAGCUUUACAAAUUUAAAUAUAAGACACUAUUGAGUUGUUCUAGCCACUGAAACGAAGAUGUCAUUCUUUCAAAUUUUAUUGUUUUUUGUUUUUUUUUCACAACAAAUAAGUCCUUGUUUUAUUCCUUAAAAAUUACCAAUUAGGUCCUGUUUAAUAUCAUGGGUGAUAGCUUUGUUGUAAUAUACUUUUCAGUCGAGAAAUUUUAAAAUUACAAAUUUUAUGUAAAUUUUUCAGUACCACAGAAAAACACUGCGAAAUGUGGUAUGCUGUACAAUAAAGGGAUCAGAAUUUAUUUAUUUAAAAUUCAUAUCAAUAAGUAUUCAUAUAUACUAUUUUCAAAUAAACUGCCAUGAUAUUUCAUCAAACUUAGUGUUUUUCUCUGGUACUGAAAAAUUUACAUAAAAUAGUGAUAUAGACUGGCUCCCGUCCCUAUGUUUGUUCUACAUAUAUAUGUUUAUUCAUUAAGAGGGAAGUAACUCCAGCAGGUUGUUUCUUCAUUGACUUUUUUUAUUGCCCCUGGCUCCGAACAUAGGCCGUAUGUUUGUUCUACAUAUAUAUGUUUAUUCAUUCAGAGGGAAGUAACUCCAGCAGGUUGUUUCUUCAUUGACGAUGGUUCAGCAGUCAGAUAAAAUGUGCAAUUUUAGACGCUAAAGAUUUUCUUAUUUUGCUUGCAGUAUUUAUAUAAAAAAAUAACCAUGCAGCCAGGGAGCCAGGCUAAUAGUGAUAGUACACAGUUUGUUACAAAAUAGAUGGUGAAAUUCAUACAUAAGGUUGAAAAUUACUGUAAAACAGAAUGCAAUAAUGAUAUUGUACACUUACUUUAAAAUUGCUCUACAUAAUUCAUAUGUUUAUACUUCAUGUAAUAAAUCUGUAGUUUUUAACUGUACAGUUUGAUGUAAUAUGCCUCAAGAAAAACAUGAUAAAUACUGACACUGAUGCAGUCCGUGUUUUCUCUUGUUUCAUAUUAUGUCGUAUUGCACAGUUGAAAAGAAGAAGAUAAUAUUCAUUUUAUGUUAAUUUUGUAUUAUCUGCAAUGGUUUCUGUCAAGUUAAAAAUUUGAUUUUUUCCUGGAGUUAAAUGUAUAUUUUUUAAAAUUCUGACUGAUGUCAGUUGCCGCUAUAUUGUACUUUAAUAUAGUAUCUGAUAUAUUAGUCAUGGAUUUUUGUUGAAAUGAAUGCAUACGGAAACAAUGAACAAGGAAGUUUCUUCUGAAAAUAUGCAGCUCGGAAGCAUAUACUAACUUUCUUAUGAAUUUCUGAUGACUGUUUUUUGAACUGAAUUUUGUUUUGUCCACAAAAUUUAAGGGGGUCGUCCGUCCGUCCGUCUGUCCAUCCAUCUGUCGUCAACAAUUUCUUUAAACGACAUCUCCUCCAAAAACACUGAAUGGAUUUUGAUGAAACUUUACUCAAAUGAUCUCUAGAUGUCCCGCUUUAAAGGUUGUUCAAAUGGUUCAUGUUCAUGUUCAUUGAACAUUUGGAUCGCUAAGGUUGAAAAUAGACUGUCAGCCAUCAACCUUCAUAAAUCUUCUUCUCGGAAAUGAUAAUAGCUAGAGCCUUGAUAUUUGGCUUGUGAUAUCAGGGUUUGACCGUCUGCUGUAAGUAUUCAAAUUAUUGCCCUAGGGUCAGAAAUGAUGAUGCCCCUGAGUGUGAGAUGUAUAUACUAUCUGCUUAUAUAUAAGAAACUUUGAAAAUCUUUUCUGAAUCCAUAACAGUUAGAGCCUUGAUAUUUGGCAAGUGAUAGAAGGGUUUGACUCUGUACCAUAAUUGUUCAAAUUAUUGCCAUAGGGUAAAAAAAUGUCCAUGCCCCUGAGUAUGAGAUGUAUAUACUACAUGUUUAUAUAUAAGAAAUUCGAAAUUUUUUUUCUCUGAAUCCAUAACAGCUAGAGCCUUGAUAUUUGGCAUGUGAUAUAAGGGUUUGACUGUCUACCAUAAUUAUUCAAAUAAUUGACCUAGGUUCAAAAAUGGCCAUGCUAAUAUAUAAGAAAUUUGAAAAUCUUUUUCUCUGAAUCCAUAAUACUAGUAGCUAGAGCCUUGAUAUUUAUAUAAACAUAACUCUGUACCAUUUUGUUAUAAAAACACACUUGAAGUCUUUUGGUGAGCGCUUUAGGAUCACUGAACCUCUUGUUAACCUUAAAUAUAUUGUUGAUAUGUGUCUUUGACAGACAAAAGUUUCCUUACUUUGUGUUUAUAGAUUAUAAGGCAUUUGAUUCCAUUCGUAGUAUUGCUCUGUUGUUUUAGACAAUAUAUUGACAGACAGUUCCUUCAGACUAAAUCCUUUGUCAGAAUUAAAAGUACUAACUAAGACUUUUUCCAGUCUAACAUUGGUGUAUGGCAGUGAGAGAAUCUCUCGCUUGUACUUUGUCAAUACAGAGUUUAAAAGUAAGGCCUGUGAGGGUCUUACUGAGGCAACUGUUGAGAGAGCACAAUGUCAUGAUGCUCUGGAUACUGUAGAAGUUUGAGACUUUUUGUUUUGCUGUAUGCAGAUGAUACUGAUUAGUUGUCUUGUACAAAAUGUAAAUACAUUUGGAUAUUAUAAAACUCUGGACAGUUUCAUGCUCAGUGUUAUCCAGAUUUGAAGGGAAUAAAAAGUUCAAGAGGACCGGUAUGUACAAAAUUGGAGAAGCAAAAUCAAUAUGAGUAAAUGUUUAAAUUUCAGGAAUUACAUGAGCUUGCACAAAAAUUGUUUUUGUUCUUCUACCAAUAUUGUUAAAAAAAUUUUUCAUUUGAUAUAUAUGAAUCAAAUAUGGUAGAUUCCUGUAUAUAAUUGAAGGGAGACAUAUCUGUAACCUCUGCAAUAAUGAUUACCCAGAAUUAGUAGACAGAUUUCACUAUUUGUUAGUUUAUAGUGUCAUUCUUUGAAAGAUGAUAAGAAUCUAGUUUCUGAGAAAAAAUCAGUAAAAUAUAAAUCCAAAUGUCAAAGUGUCCUGAAUUAUAAUGAAAAUGCUCUAGUUAAGGUGGCUGAACUUGUAAGUUGAUAAUUGACUGUUUUGACAAUAAUGUUGUUAAAUGUAGUGUUUACGUUAUCUUGAUAAAUUUUAGUCCAGGUAGGUCUCUAGACAAUUACAUUUUUAGCUCACCUGAGCACGAAGUGCUCAAGGUGAGCUUUUGUGAUUGCCCUGUGGCCGUCGUCGUCAGUCGUCUGUCCGUCGUCAACAAUUUGACUGUCAACACUCUAGAGGUCACAAUUUCGGCCUAAUCUUUAUGAAACUUGGUCAGAAUGUUACCCUUAAUAAAAUCUUGGACGAGUUCGAUAUUGGGUCAUCUGGGGUCAAAAACUAGGUCACCAGGUCAGAUCAAAGGAAAAGCUUGUUAACACUCUAGAGGUCACAAUUUUGGCCUAAUCUUAAUGAAACUUGGUCAGAAUGUUACCCUCUAUAACCUCUUGCAUGAGUUCGAUAUUGGGUCAUUUGGGGUCCAGAACUAGGUCACCAGGUCAAAUCAAAGGAAAAGCUUGUUAACACUGUAGGGGCCACAUUUAUGACUCUAUCUUCAUGAAUCUUGGUCAGAACGUUAAUCUUGAUGAUCUUCAGGUCCUUUGUGAAUCUGGGUCAUGUCGAAUCAAAAACUAGGUCACCAGGUUAAAUCAAAGGAAAAGCUAGUUAACACUGUAGAGGCCACAUUUAUGACCAUAUCUUAAUGAAACUUUGCCAAAAUGUUAAUCUUGAUGAUCUAUAGGUCAAUUUCAAAUCUGGGUCAAGUGGGGUCAAAAACUAGGCCACUAGGUCAAAUCAAAGGAAAAGCUUGCUAACACUCUAGAGGCCACAUUUAUGACUUUAUCUUCAUGAAUCUUAGUCAGAAUGUUAAUCUUGAUGAUCUUUAGGUCAAGUUCGAAUCUGGGUCAUGUGGGAUCAAAAACUAGGUCACCGGGUCAAAUCAAAGGAAAAGCUAGUUAACACUUUAGAGGCCAGAUUGACCAUAUCUUAAUGAAACUUGGUCAGAAUGUUAAUCUUGAUGAUCUUUAGGUCAAUAGGUCAGGUGAGCGAUACAGGGCCUUCAUGGCCCUCGUUUUUUCAGGCAAUCAUUGUGUUUGUAUUUCAGUUAGUUGAAUGGUGUUUUUCUAGUUGAAGUGAGCAACGUACAUAGUAUAUUUUAGCAAGGUCACUUAAGUUGAAUGAUGUUUUGCUAGUUGAAACGACGCCGAGCAAUGUACAUAGUAUGUUUUAACAAGUUCACUUUGUUGAAUGAUGAUUUAAUAGUUGAAGCGGGCAAUGUACAAGGUAUGUUUUAGCAAGUUCACUUUGUUGAAUGAUGUUUUAAUAGUUGAAGCAGGCAAUGUACAUGGUAUGUUUUAGCAUAUUCACUUACUGUAGGCUUACUUAUUUUAGCGGUGUACUAAUAACAGUGCUUUUAGCGCUAUAGCACGUGCGCUAAUUCAUGUCCGCGCAUUAAUUUGUCCAAACAUUUUCAUGUACAUUUUCAUUUGAUGAUGUUUUCUUCGAACUUUUGCAAAUAAUUACUCUUGAGAGUUUGCACUAGUUACACUGCUUGCUAAAAUUUUAAGUUUCGAAUGAUAUUCCUGUUUAUUGUUCAUAUUAUUAUUUUAAAUAUAUGAUCAUACAAAAUGAAAUACUUAAGCUUGUAGUUUGUGUUUUUUCUCGUUUGAUAAAGUUGUUAUCGAUUUCCGUAUCACCUUCGGGCAAGUCCGUUGUUGCAGUCGCUCGUUUACGGAAAGGUGUGAACGUUUGUAUAAGACACAAUGCAUGUAGGACAAAGGGGAUUAAAUGAUUAAAAUGUGUGACAAUCUCGUUUUAUUUCAGCAAUUAUAACUAUGUACAGAAUAUAAAACACACAGAUUAUUAUAAUUAAAUACAAGAAGAGAUUUAUGGUAUAACACUUAAGUAAAUAAUUUCAAAUAAAUUGUACUUUCUUUAGCCCGCUAACAGUGAAAAAGGUUGAUUUCAUUAUCAGUAUGACGUAUAAUAACAGCAGAAACAAAUUACAUAAAAGUUGCCGACGGUUAGGUUUAUUUCCUAAUAUUUUCGUGAAUCUCCGUACAUCUCCGAGAGCCUCAUCUCGGACAGCGCUAUAAUUAGAAAUUAGCGGUCUCGCGAGAGCGCUAAUUCACGUCCACGCAUUAAUUAGAUAUUUCACCAAAAAUUGCGUUUGCGCUAAAUUUUUGCAGCGCUAAUAAAUGUACGCCUACAGUAGUUGAAUGAUGUUUUGAUAGUUGAAGCGAGCAAUGUACAUAGUAUGAUUUAGCAAAUUCACUAUGUUGAAUGAUAUUUUAAUAGUUGAAGCGAGCAAUGUCCAUAGUAUGUUUUAGCAUAUUCACUUUGUGUAAUGAUGUUUUACUAGUUGAAGCGAGCAAUGUACAUAGUAUGUUUUAGCAUAUUCACUUUGUGUAAUGAUGAUUUGCUAGUUGAAGCAAGCAAUGUACGUAGUAUGUUUUAGCAAGUUCACUUAGUUGAAUGAUGUUUUGAUAGUUGAAGCAAGCAAUGUACAUAGUAUGUUUUAGCAAGUUCACUUAGUUGAAUGAUGUUCUGAUAGUUGAAGCGAGCAAUGUCCAUAGUAUGAUUUAGCAAAUUCACUUUGUUGAAUGAUAUUUUAAUAGUUGAAGCGAGCAAUGUACAUGGUAUGGUUUAGCAAGUUCACUUUGUUUAAUGAUGUUUUACUAGUUGAAGCGAGCAAUGUACAUAGUAUGUUUUAGCAUAUUCACUUUGUGUAAUGAUGAUUUGCUAGUUGAAGCAAGCAAUGUACAUAGUAUGUUUUAGCAAGUUCACUUAGUUGAAUGAUGUUUUGAUAGUUGAAGCAAGCAAUGUACAUAGUAUGUUUUAGCAAAUUCACUUUGUUGAAUGAUGUUUUGCUAUUUGAAGCGAGCAAUGUACGUAGUAUAGUGAGCUGUGUACAUAGUACAUUUUAGCAAGUUCACUUUGUGUAAUGAUGAUUUGCUAGUUGAAGCGAGCAAUGUACAUAGUACGUUUUAGCAAGUUAACUUAGUUGCAUGAUGAUUUGCUAGUUGAAGUGAGCAAUGUACAUAGUAUGUUUUAGCAAGUCAUUUUUUAAUGGUUUUUAGCUCACCUGAGCAUGAAGUGCUCAAGGUUAGCUUUUGUGAUUGCCCUGUGUCCGUCCGUCGUCAACAAUUCGACUGUUAACACUCACAUUUUUGCCCAAUCUUAAUGAAACUUGGUCAGAAUGUUACCCUCAAUAAAAUCUUGGACGAGUUCGAUAUUGGGUCAUAUGGGGUCAAAAACUAGGUCACUAGGUCAGAUCAAAGGAAAAGGUUGUUAACACUCUAGAGGUCACAAUUUUGCUCCAAUCUUAAAUAAACUUGGUCAAAAUGUUACUCUCAAUAAAAUCUCGGACGAUUUGAUAUUGGGUCAUCUGGGGUCAGAAACUAGGUCACCAGGUCAAACCUAAGGAAAAGCUUAUUAACACUCUAGAGGACACAUUCAUGACUGUAUCUUCAUGAAGCUUUGCCAGAAUGUUAAUCUUGAUGAUCUUUAGGUCAGGUUCGAAUCUGGGUCAUGUGGGGACAAAAACUAGGUCACCAGGUCAAAUCAAAGGAAAAGCUUAACACCAUAGAGGCCACAUUUAUGACUAUAUCUUCAUGAAACUCAGUCAGAAUGUUAACGUUGAUCAUCUUCAGGUCAAGUUCGAAUCUGAGUCAUGUGGGGUCAAAAACUAGGUCACCAGGUCAAAUCAAAGGAAAAGUUUGUUAAUACUCUAGAGGCCACAUUUAUGAACAUAUCUUAAUGAAACUUGGUCAGAAUGUUAAUCUUGAGGAUCUUUAGGUCAAGUUUAAAUCUGGGUCAGGUGGGGUCAAAAACUAGGUCACCGGGUCAAAUCAAAGGAAAAGCUAGUUAACACUUUAGAGGCCAGAUUGACCAUAUCUUAAUGAAACUUGAUCAGAAUGUUAAUCUUGAUUAUCUUUAGGUCAGUAGGUCAGGUGAGCGAUACAGGGCAUUCAUGGCCCUCUUGUUUUUUUGCUAGUUGAAGCGAGCAAUGUAAAUAGUAUGUUUUAGCAACGGGCACUGUCAUCCUGUUAUCCUUCCUGUUUCAAGCUAAUGGUGUAAAUUAGCGGUGUACACCUUAUUGUACACGUCACUGUUUGCUAUUUACAUGUGGCAGGAAGUCGAGUGGAGUAUUAGGACUGGUUUGCUUGGUGCUAAAACUGCUAUUCCGUCAUGUGCUAUGUUUAUGUUAACGUUUUUGUUAUCGGAUUAUGUUUGCAUUCCCCUGCUGGGUACUUUACUGAAAUAAAAUCUGAAAUCUCAGUCUCGACAAUCAUA